AUGAGGUCCGAUCUGCCGGUUGAUAUGGGAUCUAGUUUCCGCCGUGCUGGGGAACGAUUAAGGUCCAUCGCAAAGAUGAAUCGCUGGGCGAAAACCCAGUUUGAAGGAAAAGGGGGCGAUACAGACACUAUUACCAACUGCUAUCUCCUUGCGCUACCGACCGAGCUGCUCCUGGAAAUCAUUUCUCACCUGUCGGUGCUGCCCGAGGCAUGCCUGGCGCUGACCUGUAAACGCCUCUACUCGAUAUGCCGUGCUACCCUGGGCGCCAAACCCCUCCAUUUCAGUCGAGACUUUGCACCGCUUUUCCACCACUACCGAAAUGGACACAAUUUCGUCACCCCACGUUGGCAAUUCAUAAACUUGCUAGAAGAUAAUAGGUGGCGGGCAUGUUCUCGAUGCUUGAAACUCCACCCGCGGAGCUUCUUUCCCGCGCGAGAGUUGAAACGAAAGUCCGAGGAUAGAUCAUGCAACCUAGGGAGUUCGGCAGGCAUAGUAGACCUAUGUCCUUGCAAGAAGUUGACCUUCCAGGACAAGGUGGAGCUUGUCGAACUCUUGAGGGUACGGCGAAAAACGAUCACGGAUUUGGCGAUCCAAUUUGGUUCCGGGAUGAAGCAGCAGCGUUUCUGCUGGCAUAGUUGCACUGAGGACUACGGAUCGACGCAGCUAGAUAUUGAAAUCUACCCUGAGCUGGACGACGAAGACCAAUUGAAGAUCAAGACAGAAUACCACUUGCGCACGGGUUCCGGCCAGCUCGGCAAAGAGGAGCAUAUGACGCCGCGGUUUGGAUGUGCUCACCGGUCCGUUGACUUGUGGCUUUCGAGUGUCUGCCAGACGACUCUCUGUCGCCUUUAUGACAACCAGUGCGCAUCCUGCAAGCGAAUAUCCGUAUGCAAUACAUGCAAUGCCUCACUCAGGUGUCCUCGCAAACAACCAUGUCGAGUGGACGAUGAAACGGGACAAGCAACAUACCAUUUCUAUACUGAAAGGUGCCUGGGAGGAUCGGGGCCUGUCCCAGAUCAGACAUGGGCAGCGCAACGAAUCCAUCCCGCGGAGAAUCUGAUAGACGUCGCAAACUGCAGUGAGCUAUGCCCAUGGACGAUCCGAGAACAUCCACCUCUGGAAGAAGCCCCGUCUUUGGAGAUGAAUAUUCUCAACCCCGCUAUACAGGAUCAGUCGAUGAACCAGCUGUAUACCUCGAUCACGCAGUGGAUUGAUGAGCAUUGUCUGCGUCCUGGGGCGAUGAGCUACCCACCACCCCAUAACGGCCCAUAUCCUUCGCAGUAUAUGCAGCAACCCCCCAAUCUGCCGCAUCACCAGCAGACCAUCCACCCGCAGCAGCUACUGUACAACAACAAUGUCAACACGAGCGCUUCGCCAUAUCAAUAUGGGAAGCCGGUGGUCUAUCCCCAGGUCAUGAUCCCGGCGUAUCCUGCUUACGCGCAGAAUUAUAACCCGCAGCCGCCGCAACAACAGCAACCUCCUCCUCCACCACCUCAACAACCUCCACCCCAGCAGCAACCGCAACAGCAAUAUGUGAAUCCGUCGGAUCUGUUCAACCCACCACCACUUGCUUCUACCUCGCCUCCUCAGUUCACCAAUAGUCCGUCUCAAUAUGCCGCCCAACCAGCGGUGUCUGUUGCAGGCAACAGCCGCUCCCCAGUCCUCCCUACAUCUACCCCCGCCCAAUCCACGUACUAUGCCGCCCCAGAUCUAAACCAAGCGAAUCAAACUCCCAACAAUUACCCUCAGCCUACAUCUACUACGCCUUCAGUUCAAGUGCCAACUCCCGCUGCUGCUGCCCCUGCGGCUGCGUCUCCUGCCCCUGCCCCUGCUGCUAAACCGGUUGCUGCCAAACCCGUCCCUGUUAAGCCAGCCGCGGCCAAACCUGUCGCUCAAACUCCCCCAGCACCAUCUCCUAAACCUGUCCAGGUGUUAAUUCCAACUCCUACCCCAGAAGUGCAGCAGAAAAUCCAGCGCCCUCCCCCCAAAAAGCAAGCGCAGCGACAGUCUGGCCAAAAACCUACCCAAAAAUCAGCAGGCGCGCCGCUCGACUAUCAAGUGCUGCUGUUGGCCAUGGCUGAUGAGUAUCUGAAUGCUGCUCACAGUCAUGGCACGUUGGUAGCCUUGUUAAGACGGGAGAUGGAGAUGGACGAGUAUUACAAAUUAGUUGCUACAGGUCUUGGUUGCUUGGAAGCUGUUCUCAAGAACUGGCGGCUUCAGCCCCGGGUUGAAGCUCUAGUCCGAUUACGUUAUGCCCGUAUAUUGUUUGAGGAAACAGACAACGACCUUGAAGCGGAGACAGCAUUAAGCAAAGGUAUUGACCUUUGCGAAAGGAAUCGGAUGCUUGAUCUGAAGUAUAGCAUGCAGCAUCUGUUGGCGCGAAUGCUGUACAAGACGAAUCCAAAAGCCUCGCUGAAAGCUGUUGAUGGGAUGAUUCAAGAUGUCGAAGCGUAUCGCCACUCCGCCUGGGAAUACGCUUUUCGUUUUCUUCGAGUGUCUCUUUCACUUUCCUCAUCGGCCCAUCAAGAUUCAGUGUCGGCACUGCAACACCUUCACAAGAUUUCCACCAUGGCCAGCCGCAAUGGCGAUAGGGCUGUCUCAGCCAUGUCUGCGAUAAUCGAAGCUCUAGCGCACCUUCAGCAAGGAUCCGGGUUUGACUCGGUCGAGCAAGCCCAGCGUGCAGUAGCAGUAGCGCGGAGUCACCAACUCAACGACGAGCUCCGACAUAUCCCACAGCUAACAACUCUAGUCCAAAUUGUCGAUAUUUGCUGCAGUCUACUUGAAUACGACAUCAAUCAAUCAUCGCAAAAGCUGAAGAUGCUGCAAGAUUUGAUGGACGAACGCUUAAACGACUCGAAUUGGCGCAGCGAUGGAUCAUUCUCAAUCCCAUUGAAUGGCAAGUCGGCCGGACCGUCUUCCAUUGACACCGGGGACAUCCUCCAGGUCCAGAGUGGCACGCUGCUGUUAAGCUUUAAUUGGCUACCUCAGCACGAUCUCUACGCGCUUUGCUACUUCCUCAGUUCGAUCACACUGAGUUGCAAAAACUCGUAUGAUGGUCGUAAGGCAGAGAAGUUCUUGCAGGAGGGCACUCGAAGUUUCAAGGCGCCACAAGAGAUCACAGAAUCGGUGGUUAAUGCGAACAGACGCGUUCAGUGGCGCAGGAUUCUCUACUGCAACCUGCUCGUUCAGCAGGUUUUCCUUGCUUGCGGUCGCACAGAUUGGGAGCUAGCCAGCAAAACAUUGAAGGAACUUCAAGAAGAAGGUCAGGAGCUUGGCGACCAGCUCCCAGAUACCGUUGAGUGCCUAAUGGAGUAUGCUACUGGUGCUAUUGCGCAAGCAACCGGCGACCUCACCGCAGCUCUGAACGCCUUUCAAUCCCCUCUUCUCUCAUUAUCCACGAACUUCAGCAAGACGGCGCGCAAUGAGCCACGCCGCGACAUCGCUAUUCUCGCCGCUCUCAACACCGUCCUCAUCCUCCGCGAUCCCACCCAUCCCUCUCACUCCCACCUACCCGCCGUCUUAUCUACUGUGGAAUCCUUCUGCACUGGCAGUCCCAACAAGUACAUCCAAGCAGCAUACUACCUGGUCUGCGCCACCGUCCAGACUGAGUCCACGAUCCAAACGAAGCAAUACCUACAACAAGCCCUUCAAUCCGCCACGGCAAUCAGCAACAGCCAAAUCACCUGCAUGACCCUAACUUUCAUGAGCUGGAAAUACUUCCGCGGCGUCGUCGGCGAACAAGCCGAGAAAAGUGCCCGAGCGGGCCGCGCCAUGGCUAAGAAAGCCAACGACCGGCUCUGGGUCAGUGUCACCGACGAAAUGCUAGCCGAAACGCUAGAACGUCAAGGAAAGAACGAGGAGGCCAAAGGUGUACGAGAAGAAGGUCAUCGCGUCAUGAUGGGAUUGCCGUCUGCUUUGAAGAGGCCUGUAUGA